UUAAGGCUAGAGGGGGUUGUCGGCCGUGUCUCUGCUCCUGGGUGCAGCCGUUCCUGACGGUGCAGUUCAGCCAUGGCAGAAUCACAGCCCGCGUCCGGGGGCCUCACUGAUGAGGCCGCUCUCAGUUGCUGCUCCGACGCGGACCCCAGCACCAAGGAUUUUCUAUUACAGCAGACCAUGCUACGAAUUAAGGAUCCUAAGAAGUCACUGGAUUUUUAUACUAGAGUUCUUGGAAUGACCCUACUCCAAAAACUUGAUUUUCCUUCUAUGAAAUUUUCACUCUAUUUCUUGGCUUAUGAGGAUAAAAAUGACAUCCCCAAAGAGAAAAAUGAAAGAAUCGCAUGGACAUUCUCCAGAAAAGCCACACUUGAGUUGACACACAAUUGGGGCACGGAAGAUGAUGAGACCCAAAGUUACCACAAUGGCAAUUCAGACCCUCGGGGAUUUGGUCACAUUGGAAUUGCUGUUCCUGAUGUUCAUGGUGCUUGUAAAAGAUUUGAAGAACUAGGAGUCAAAUUUGUGAAGAAACCUGAUGAUGGUAAAAUGAAAGGUCUGGCAUUUAUUCAAGAUCCUGAUGGCUACUGGAUUGAAAUUUUGAAUCCUAACAGUAUAGCAACUAUUGUGUAGUUGUGUGAGAACACUUCUGUGAGGUGCAGUGAAGACUGAAAGAGAAAGAAAACAGUGAAUUGGAGAUACUCAAAUACUUGGAGCAUCUAGGACCGAUGGAUGGAUGGUGUCCUCAUUCAAAUUAUUUAAGUCCAUUUUCCUUUCCUGUUUCAGCAAUUCCCCUGCCCUUCAUAACUGUGUAGUUAUUUCUAGUUUUAAAGUAGUACUUUAUCAAUGACCUUGAAUGUAGUUGUAUAACUUUACUUUUUAGGUAAUAAUUAGAACAAGUCUCUUCAGAGGCUGCAUUUGCUGCCUUCUGGCUCCCAAGUUACCUUUCUUCAGUAUGCCUUUGGAUCUUUUUUUUUUUUACUUAACUUUUUUUUUUUUGUCAUUAUCUUCUGGGGUUUCCAUUCCUCAGAAAUACUUUUCACAAUGCAAAAAAAAGAACACUGAACAAAAAUGAAACUUCAUAUGUACUUCAAACAAUACAAAGUGUUUGUUUUACAAAAGAGAAGGAAUUCCUGAGAGCAAUUCAGAAUCAUACUGACAAGGAUACUAAUAGAACAAUGAGUAUCAUUUCUUUUAUAAAAGAAUUUCAGAGUUCAAGGACUAAUCUCAUUUACCUGAGAGUGGAGAGGAAGGAGGACACAGUUUUUACUGGAUACCCGGCUACUGGACCAGGCUGUAACAUGCUCUUUAUUACUAACUAAUCAUCCCAUGAGAAAGAAAGCAGGAUGUAUAGAAUAAUGUGAAUAAAUUGAGCACUCAAGUUCU